GUAUAUGUAUAACGAGAUGCAUAUAAGUAAAAUCAAUUCUCAAUUUUCAUCAACCAUGGAAAAUUCAAUUCCGUUUCUGCCAGCCGAACUCGUUAAUGAAAUCCUCUCGAGGCUUCCAGUAAAAUCCCUCUUGAAAUUUAGGUGCGCUUCAAAAUCUUGGUUUGCUUUGAUCUCUAGUCCUGAAUUUGUGAAAACUCAUCUCAGCUUAAAUGACAAUAACAACGAAUACACCCGCCAUAAGGUUAUGAUGUUUGAACGUACUGUGUGCAACUUUCGAGAUUGUAGUGUUAGCUCUUUAUUUAAUAACUCAUUUAUCAAGGCAAACGACUUGGAUUAUCCCAGGCAAGUUCCAUGUGGUGUUUAUAUUGUAGGUUCUGUCAAUGGAUUGAUUUGUCUUGUUAGUCGGGAGAAGGAAUUGUUUCUAUGGAAUCCAUCAAUUAGAAAGUACAAGAAGUUGCCUAAUCCUAAAACUAAAACUACUUUGGCGUAUUUCCCCCGAGUAUAUGGCUUUGGAUAUGAUAAGUUUCAUGAUGAUUAUAAUGUAGUCGUUAUUUUUAUAUAUAACAACAUUUCACUUCAUAUUGAGGUAAAAAGAAAUAGUCUAAAAAGUGAUUCUUGGAGAACGGUUGAUAAUUGUCCAAGUAUAGUGCCCCUACAGCAGCCAGGUAGGUUUGUGAAUGGGAAACUUCAUUGGAUUACUAUUAUAGAUCCUAAACUGUGUAUUAAACAAAGCAUCAUUUCUUUCGAUUUGGCUGAUGGGAAAUGGGGAGAGAUAGAACUACCCUGUUAUUGGAAAAGAGGAAGAGGUGCGGUUUUGAGCUUGGGAGUGUUGGGAAGUAAUCUUUCGGUCUGUUGUGAUUGUGACAAAACAAAUAUGUUAGAUGUUUGGCUUAUGAAGGAGUAUGAGAUUAAAGAAUCUUGGACGAAGAUGUUUACUAUCAAGAUUCCGGAGGAUCAAUCGGUGUAUGGAUAUCUUGGGCAAAUACGUUACACAUGGCAAGUGGAAGUGAAAUUUUGGUUGUGUUUGGAUCAAAUUUCAUGAUAUACAAUCCAAAGGGUGACAUGCUCAGAUCUUCAAAGGUUGUUAACUUUAAUAAUUGGGAUGAGGCGGAAAUCUACAUUGAAAGCCUAGUUUGUCCUUUUUCUACCGUAGGGACUGAGGAUGCAACAAAAAAAGAAGCUCAGGUUGAGAAACAACGAAGUAGCAAAUAACUUCUACAAUAUAUGAAGCUAAUAAUAGAGCAUGUAACCCGCACCAGAAAGAUACAUAACCACUGUUUCUGAAGGGCAAGCAUAUUCAAAAAAGUUAUUCUGAAUUAGCACAUUGCAGGAAUUCGAAGAUGUCGAGCCUAAACAACUUUGAGCAAAGAUGCUCCAUUUUGUACUAAGUUGUCUAUCUCUGUCAUAUACUAAUACGAACUUAAUAUAGUUUAUUAAUGCAUUCAA